AUGAAGCAAAGUAAGAAGAAAAUUCGACAAUUAAGUCGUAAAAACUUUUGGAAGAUAAUUGUCUACUCUGUCGUUGGUCUGCUGUUUAUGGUUCUCGCAAGUUUAUCAUGCAUCUGGGAUUCUGCACAUAUAUUGGCUAUACAUAUGGUAAGACUAUCUAAGGGCUCAAUUAUGUACAACAUUGUGACACAAAAGGAUUAUCCCUGUGCAUAUUAUGAUAUAUAUUUAUUUAACAUUACUAAUGGCGAUGCCUUUCUCUCGGGGAGAGAGAAGAAGCUGAAAGUGAAGGAAGUUGGGCCAUUCCGAUACCAAGAAUUUCGCACUAAUACGAAUAUUGACCUGGAUAUGGAGAAAGGUAUACUGAAAUAUACGCCCAAAAUCGAUAUUAGAUUUAUACCAGAGUUUUCAAUCGCUGAUCCACGGGAUGUAGAACUUCAGAUGCCGGAUAUGGUAAUGUUGGCAGCUGCAUCACGGGCAUCAGUCCACGCAGUUUUCGUUCAAUAUUUUUAUAACAUAGCAGUGAAGACUUUGAACAGGCAGCCAAUUCAGACCACUAUCGUACAUAAUGUGUUGUGGGGAAUGCACAAUGACGCAAUAAUGCAGGUUGCAAAUACUUUUCUUCCUGGAGAAUUCGAUAUUAACACGUUUGGAAUAUUGCAGAAGAUACAGAAUAGUGGUGAUAAGAAUUUCGUAAUAAACGCAACAGAUGAAGAGAAAUUUAAGAUUAUUAGCUUUAAUGGUGAAAAAGGCUUACCCGUGUUGGGGUAUGGCACCCACAAACAGAGUCGUUGCAACACAUUCAAAGACGCAUAUGAAGGAAUCUCCUAUCCCAUAGACAUUACCAAAGACACCCCUUUACGGUUAUAUCACAAUUCCCUCUGUCGAUUAGUAGAUUUAGAGUAUUAUGGUACGCGGUCCAUGGAUUAUGGACCUGAAGCCUAUGUCUACAAAAUUAGAAGAGAUGCAUUCUCAAAUACGACAGAGACAGAGUGUGUAUGUCAUUUACCGAAAUGCAUAAAUGGGGUUACUGAUUUGGCGCCAUGUUUUUACGGAGCGCCGUCGGGUUUAUCAAAUGCUCACUUCUUAUACAGUGAUAUGAAAGUCUCAGAGCGACUGGAAGGAAUGAAUCCCGACGAAGAAAAACACGGAAGUGAAUUUGUUAUCGAUCCGAAACUCGGUGUUCCGCUGGCAACAAAGUUUACCGUCCAAGGCAACUUGAUAAUGGGCGAUGUGAGCUUCAACUCGGAUGUAAAAGUUUUCUCAAAUAUGGUUGUACCUUUGCUGUACUUCAAAAUCGUACAGCCGGAGAUGCCAGAAUACUUUAAAAGCCUGUUCUGGGUGGUAUACGUACUGGGACCAUACUUCAGAUACGCUUCAAUAAUAAUACUAUAUUCAACGUCUUUCUUGCUGUUAUUUAGCGCUUUUAAAUUGUAUUAUAAUUCGGUAGUGACCACCAUUCAAUUUCCAGCUCAAGAAUUACUAAUAGCAGAGAAUAAUGAAAAAUGCCAUUAA